AUGGCACGUACAAUUACAAAGAAUUUAAGUCUUAUUCACUUCACUAUAUAUAACAAAUUACGUAGUACUACAUACAAUAGUACGUUAGGUCCGUUUCUCUCUAUAUAUCGCUCUCUCUCUAUAUAUCGCUCUCUCUCUCUAUAUAUAAUAUAUAUACAAGGAGUAGCUUAAAACCUAAACACAAAUCCUUUUAUCUGAUAUCUGAUAUCUGAAGUGUUUGUUGAGUUAGGUCCGUUUCUGAAUGAAAAACACCAAUAAUUAAGAUAAUAUCAUAUAUAUAUAAUUAUAUAUGAUGAACAGGAAGAUGAUGGAAGGCAAAAUGAGCAUGGAGUUGAAUGCAGGUCCUGAUCAUGUUUGCUAUGUUAGGUGUAACUUAUGCAACACUGUUCUCGCGGUAGUGAUCCCUUGCAAGAGGUUGUUGGAGACGAUAACAGUGAAAUGUGGGCAUUGUGGUAAUGUCUCUUUUUUGAGCACAAGGCCACUCCCUCCUCUUACUGCUACUGCUACUGCUACUGCUACUGCUACUGCUACUGCUACUCCUACUCCUACUCCUCUCCAACCUCAAGGAUUCAAUUUCUUAGAGAAGACAUGCAGCAGCGAUGCUAAUCACUCAUCGUCUUCUAAUUCCACCUUAACUAAUGACCCUCAUUCCCCAAGCCCCUUUGUUUGUAAACCUCCUGAGAAGAAGCAUAGGCUUCCAUCGGCUUAUAACAGGGAGGAGAUUCAGCGUAUCAAAGCAGCAAAUCCUGAGAUACCUCAUAGAGAGGCUUUUAGCACUGCGGCUAAGAACUGGGCAAGGUUUCUUCCACACUCCCCCUCUGCGGGAACCAACAACACCAACUAAACGUCUAAACCUACCUACUGGCUACUAUAUGUAUUAUGAAUAGAUUAUGCCUUCUCUUGCGGAGUCGGUCGGCUACUAUAUGCAUGCUUCUUCUAGGACAUAAACUAUCCUAGCUAGCUAAUUAUGUUUUUAUUUCACCGUCAACUAAUUCAUUUCUGUCCUUAAGCUUGUUGUAAACUCAUUAAUUAAGAUCUACUUUUAUAUAUUAACUAUGUAUUUUGCUUGCAA